AUGUCCUCCACUCGUCGAUCCAACCCCCGUGCGACUUCAUCGUCGUCUUCCUCUGUCGGUGUUCUGACGCCGCCUCCCUCCUCCCCGCCUCCCCCUACGCGCCUGAGGCCGCCAUCCCCCAGUCACGACGCGUCCUCGUCCUCGUUGCCAUCCCCGUCGUCGCCGUCCUCGAACAUCCUCCUCCUCCUUAUCGCCUUCCGUCUCGUCAACGCCCUGACUGUCCGUACAUUUUUCCAGCCCGAUGAGUUCUUCCAGUCGCUGGAGCCCGCGUGGAAGAUCGCGUUUGGCGGGGACCAAGGCCCCUGGAUAACUUGGGAAUGGGAACACCAGCUGAGAUCCUCACUCCAUCCGCUCAUCUUCGCCGCCGUGUAUUCCACCGCCGACCACGUUGCGCGAACUCUCGGUCUCUUCCCCGCAUUCCGCGCUGACCUCCUCAUCGCCGCCCCCGGUAUAACCCAGGCCGUUAUUGCCGCCGUCGGCGAUUUCUACACUUGGAAGCUAGCUCGGUAUAUUUAUGGGCGUGGGAGCUAUGAAUCUUGGGCCACGCUUGCGUUGACCGUCGUCAGUCCGUGGCAGUGGUUCUGUUCUACCAGGACUCUGUCCAACUGCCUUGAGACUACGAUCACAAUUGUCGCUCUGUACCAGUGGCCGUGGCAAUGGGCCAAAGAUUUAGGAUCCGCGACAAACAAAGACACUCGGGGCAUUAGCAUCUCCAAAUUACGCCAAUGCCUCCUUCUAGCCGCGUUUGCCUGCAUCCUGCGCCCGACGAAUGUUAUUAUCUGGAUAAGCUUGGCUGUUGAUGCCUUGCUCCGAAGUACCUGGACGCAGCGGCUGGUCCUUGCCCGAGAGGCUCUUCUCUGCGGGCCAUCCGUUCUAGCCUUGUCCACCGUCGCUGAUCGGUUCUUCUAUGGUUUCUGGACGUUUCCACCACUGAGAUUCCUAUACUUCAAUGUUGCCCAGUCUCUCGCAGUAUUCUACGGAAAGAAUGACUGGAGUUACUACGCCUCGCAGGGAUACCCUCUUCUCCUCACCACCGCGCUGCCGUUCACGGUCGUCGGCUUGUAUCGGACCCUGAAGAACCCGCCGUCAAUCGCAAAGGACAAAGCUUCGAUUCUGGUCCUGCUUGCAUCUGUCUCCUUGGAGAUGCCUGCUAUUCUUUCUAUCAUCACUCACAAAGAAGUUCGAUUUAUAUACCCCCUACUGCCGGCGCUCCACAUUCUUAGCGCCUCGCCGUUGGUGGAUUUCUUUCUCCCCGCAUUGCAAACCACGGACCGCGAGUAUACUCCACGACGUCUCACUCUCAUUUUUCUGCUCUUGGUGAACGUCGUUAUUGCAGCGUAUACAACUCUCUUCCAUGCGACUGGGGUUAUAUCAGUCCUAUCGUACCUCAGAGAACAACACCAGGCACAUGGAAUCGCGAAUUCAGCCUCAGUGCCCGGUUCUGGAAGCGCAUUAAGCUAUGGUGGAAUCACUGCAGGCUUCCUCAUGCCUUGUCAUAGCACACCCUGGCGCUCACACCUAGUAGAGCCCACCAUUCAUGCCUGGGCCCUGUCCUGUGAACCCCCUGUUAACCUAACAGAAGAUGAAAAGGCGGUUUACCUCGACGAAGCAGACCAGUUUUAUGAAAACCCCAACCAGUUCCUCCGCGACAAUAUGGUCGGCGGUUUCCGACAAAUCCCACGACGACCCUCUUACUUGACUCCUCCGAACUCCCAACGACCACCCACCCAGCUCUUCCCACCCCACGAAUGGCCAGAUUAUCUCAUUUUCUUCGCGCAGCUCGAACCAACCCUGAAGAGCUCCCUCCGAAGCUCCUCGUACGGCGAGUGCUGGCGCACACACAAUACCGCCUGGCACGACGAUUGGCGCCGUCGCGGCGAUGUCGUAGUCUGGUGUCUCGACCACACCGAGCAACAAGCCUGGCGGGCCGAGAAGCAAAAGCGCGUACUGGAGGCCCGCGAGCUUCAAUUCGACCGGCUCAUCCAGAGUUUCCGAAGCGACGUUGCCCCAUCAUCAAAGACAUGGGCUCCAUGGAAGCAAUGGUCCUCCCCCUUCUCAAGAAAGACGUCGUCAUGGACAUGGCCUUGGGAUCGGCGGAAACGGCCGACAGUUUUUGGGUACGAGGUACCUACGCUGCCGAAUUGGAAUCCGUUCCGCGGGGAAAAGAAGAAGCGGGGCCUGCUGAAGGACUUUUGGUUCUAA